CCUGCAAGACAGAUCCCAGACAUGAUGCUGCCUCCCACAGCCCUCCGCAGCAUGUCCUGGAUGCUGCUUUCCUGCCUCAUGUUCCUGGCUCAGGUCCAAGGUGAAGACUCCCAGAAUGAUGUGCCCGCUCCACGGAUCAGCUGUCCCAAAGGCUCCAAGGUUUAUGCCUCCCACUGCUAUGCUUUCUUUAUGACACCAAAACCCUGGGUGGAUGCUGAUAUGGCCUGCCAGAAGAGGCCCUCAGGACACCUUGUGUCUGUGCUCAGUGGGGCUGAGGCAUCCUUUGUGGCCUCCCUGAUCAAGAACAGUGCGAACACCUACUCAAAUAUCUGGAUUGGGCUCCAUGACCCCACAGAGGGCUAUGAGCCCAAUGCAGCUGGAUGGGAGUGGAGUAGCGGUGAUCUGCUGAAUUACCUUGCCUGGGAGAAAGACCCCUCCACUAUUGCAAACCCUGGCUAUUGUGGGAGUGUGUCAAGUAACACAGGAUAUCUGAGAUGGAAAGAUUACAGCUGCGCUACAAGGCUACCCUAUAUCUGCAAGUUCAAGGACUAGGUCUGGGGAGACAUCGGGAACCUGGGUUUUGCAUGCAGCUCAUCAUGGACUUGAGACCAAGUGUGAAGACCCAGCCUGGAAAGGAAUAAUCUCAAACCUGACCACUUCAUUCUGAACUGUCUUCCUCCCUGCUCAUUUAUCUUCAUGUUCUUUUGGUGUAUUACAUGGCCUGGGAUCUGAGAAUGCAAUAAUAAAUACUUU